AGAGAGGGAGCAGGUCUGCAGUCUGAAUCUUGGCGUCGCACAGACCCGAGACGACGCUGUCCAAGCGCUGCAUUACUGGGAAUACCUCCAGCAUAUUUAUCUCACUACAAUAAGAUCACUGACUACACUUCGAUGCUGGUCGAGAACUUCUCCAACGAGGCGAUUUUCCUUGGAUCCGGAUAACCUUUGUGGCUCUUCGACGUUUUGUCGUUUCCAUCUCUUCAAUCUCGAUCUCAUGACGAGUUAACAACGUGGAUUAUCGGCCCAGCAAAUGCUGUUAAUAACUGGAGAUAAAUUAGACAGAAGGACAAAUAAGUGCAGCGGGAGAAACUGAAGGAGGAACCUCUUGGGUUUUUGGUGUGCGUCUGGUAACAUCAGUUACAUAUGUGGAGCGGGCGUGGGAUUUUCGUGGUUUUUAUUCUUUUACUCGAGCGGGGUAGAUCGCUGACCACUUGAAUCACGUCUCAGCCCCCCCUUCGGUUCGCCUCCCCUCUUCUUCAUCCCUUUAGGUGUAAAAAUCUAUCUUCUCAGACUGAGACUCUGAACCCCUCGGUCCCCGCAUGACAUGGUUCAGUCCAGCUGCGAGAUCCGAGCCUCCUCCAUGCAUUGGGAUUUUUCUCAGCGCCGAGACCGAGUGAAUCUCCCUUUUCUGACCAUCUGAGAACUCAUCGUGCCUGCAAGACCAGAGGAGAGAGAGAGAGAGAGAGAGAGGAGAAAAAAAAAAGCCCCUGCCAUGACCGCCUCUUCAAAUCGGAACGGAGCAACGGGACUUGCGAGGAGACAGGAAUACGCAUGCAGAAAAGGGGACGGAAUACGGAUUUUUGCUCUAAUGAAGGCGGGAGUGCAGGCGCACCACUGGAGCCGGGUGCUGAUCUUGUAUAUGGGGCUUCUGGCCGCCUCGGUGAAGGCUCAGAACUGCAGUUACACACUUCACAGUCCCAAUGGGACGAUAGAAAGCCCCGGAUACCCGUACGGCUAUCCUAACUAUGCCAACUGCACGUGGGUCAUCGUGGCAGCAGAGCACAACCGGAUACAGCUGGUGUUUCAAGGCUUCGCCCUCGAGGAGGACUUUGACAUCUUAUCUGUAUACGACGGGCCGCCCAGUCCAGGAAACCUGCGGACACGGUUAACUGGGUUCCAGCUGCCUUCACCCAUUGUGAGUACAGGCUCCAGGCUCACACUGUGGCUCCUGUCUGACUAUGCGGUCAGCGGGCAGGGAUUUAAAGCCGUCUAUGAAGCUCUGCCCAGCUACACUUGUGGUAAUCCUGGGCAGCUCCACAAUGGCCACCAGCAGGGGUCCACCUUCAACAUCGGGGACAAAAUCCGCUACAGUUGCAGCCCAGGCUUUGUGCUGGAGGGUCACACCACGCUGUCCUGCCUCGCCACUUCAGCUGGUACUGCCGCCUGGGAUUUUCCCCUCCCCUACUGCAGAGCGGAUGAUGGAUGUGGAGGGACGCUGCGGGGCCAGAGCGGGGUGAUCACCUCUCCCAAUUACCCCGCCGAGUAUAACAACUACGCUGAUUGCACCUGGACUGUGCUGGCAGAGCCGGGAGACACCAUCGCCCUGGUUUUCUCCGACUUCCAACUGGAGGAUGACUAUGACCUGCUGGAGGUCAGCGGCACUGAAGGCUCCUCGCAGUGGUUUACUGGCCCCAAUCUUCCCUCGCCGAUCAUUAGCAGCAAGAACUGGCUGCGGCUGCACUUCACCUCGGACGGGAACCACAAGUUGAGAGGCUUCAGCGCCCAGUACCAAGUGAAGAAGAUGACUGAACUGAAGUCCCGAGGUGUAAAAAUGCUGCCAAGCAAAGACAACCACCACAAGAUUUCAGUGUUGUCUCAGAUGGGUGUCGCACAGGGCCACAACAUGUGUCCAGAUCCAGGGAUCCCGGAUCGAGGGAAAAGAAAAGGCUCUGACUUCAGACGCGGAGCCACGGUGCAUUUCUCCUGCGAUGAGGGUUAUGAACUCCAGGGCUCAAAGAGCAUCAGCUGUCUCAGAGUGACAGACAGCUACGUGGGCUGGAGUGAUGAUCGGCCCAUCUGCAGAGCACCGAUGUGUGGCGGUCAGCUGAGAGGACCCAACGGCGUCAUCACGUCUCCAAACUACCCGGUCCAGUACGACAACAACGCUAACUGCACUUGGGUCAUCACGGCGACAGACAUUUCAAAGGUGAUCAAGCUGACAUUUGAGGAUUUUGACCUGGAGCGGGGCUACGACACCCUGACGGUGGGAGACGGCGAGGUGGUCGGGGAUCAGAAGACCAUCUUCCACGUUUUGUCCGGCACCACAACCCCGGACCUCGUGGUGAGCACCAGUCACCAAAUGUGGCUCAACUUCAAAACGGACGACACCAGCGGCUCCCUGGGCUUCAAGGUGUCAUAUGAAGAAAUUGACCAAGGCAGUUGUGGAGACCCUGGGAUUCCUGCUUACGGUAAACGCGAGGGGACAGGUUUUCGCCACGGGGACAGGCUGUACUUUGAGUGUCUGCCGGCCUUUGAACUGGUGGGGAAGAAGAACAUCACCUGCCAGAAGAACAACCAGUGGUCGGCCAAGAAGCCCAGCUGCGUUUUUUCCUGUUUCUUCAACUUUACUACUCCAUCCGGGGUGCUGCUGUCUCCCAACUACCCUCAGGAGUAUGGAAACAAUAUGCACUGCGUGUGGCUCAUCAUCUCCAACCCUGAGAGCAGAAUCAAUCUGGCCUUCAACGACCUCAGCAUGGAGAAGCAGUUUGACUUCCUCUCCAUCAAAGACGGGGGAAAGGCUGAAUCUCCCAUCCUGGGUACUUUCUCCGGUGACGUCCUUCCUCCGCCGAUAACGACAAGCGCCCACGUGGCCCGGCUGGAGUUCCUCACUGACCACACCUACACGGACAGAGGCUUUAACAUCACCUUUACAACUUUUCGCCACAAUGAGUGCCCGGACCCCGGCGUGCCAGUCAACGGGAAGCGCUUCGGAGAGAGCCUUCAGCUAGGCAGUUCCAUCUCCUUCCUGUGCGAGGAGGGCUUCGUGAAGACCCACGGCUCACAAACCAUCUCCUGCAUCCUCAAGGAUGGGAAUGUGGUGUGGGACAACGCCGUCCCUCGAUGUGAAGCCCCGUGUGGGGGGGAUCUGAAGGCUUCCAGUGGGAUCAUCCUCUCCCCCGGCUGGCCAGAGCUAUAUAAAGAGGCCCUUAACUGUGAAUGGAUCAUUGAGGCUCCUCCAGGCUACCCCAUCAAGAUCAUCUUCGACAAAUUUCGCACUGAGGUCAACUAUGACGUCCUGGAGGUGCGCGACGGACGGUUUCCCUCCUCGCCACUGAUCGGGAGCUACCAGGGCACCCAGGUGCCCCAGUUCCUCAUCAGCACCUCCAGCUUCCUGUAUCUCCUCUUCUCCACGGACAAGAGCCACUCUGACAUCGGCUUCCGUAUUCGCUACGAGACUCUGCAGUUGCAGUCCGAUCACUGCGUGGAUCCGGGCAUUCCUGUGAACGGCCAGCGGCACGGCAAUGACUUCUACGUGGGCGCUCUGGUGACAUUCAGCUGCGAGGCGGGGUACACGCUCAGCGACGGCGAGCCUCUCGAAUGCGAACCCAAUUUUCAGUGGAGUCGCCCCCUGCCUAGCUGCGAUGCGCUGUGCGGAGGUUACAUCCAGGGCAACGUCGGCACCAUCCUGUCUCCCGGCUUCCCGGACUUCUACCCGCACAACCUAAACUGCACAUGGAUAAUCGAGACCUCCCAUGGCAAAGGCGUCCAGUUCACCUUCCACACCUUCCACCUGGAGAGUCCUCACGAUCACCUGCUAGUGACAGAGAACAGCAGCUUCUCGCAGCCGCUCUGGAGACUGACGGGAUCCACGCUGCCGCCGCCUCUCAGCGCCGGCCUGUUUGGGAACUACACCGCGCAGAUCCGCUUUCUCUCUGACUUUUCCGUGUCCUACGAGGGCUUCAACAUCACUUUCUCCGAGUAUGAUUUGGAGCCAUGCGAGGAUCCAGGAAUCCCACCUUACAGCACCAGGAAAGGCCUGCAGUACGGCGUCGGCGACGCCCUCAUCUUUUCCUGUUUCCCGGGUUACCGGCUGGAGGGUCCGGCGAGGGUGGUGUGCUUAGGGGGCAGGAGGCGGGUGUGGAGCUCCCCUCUGCCAAGGUGUGUUGCUGAAUGCGGCUCAUCCGUGACUGGCAUGCAAGGGGUGCUGCUCUCGCCCAACUACCCCGGUUACUACGGCAACAACCACGAAUGCAUCUACUCCAUCCAGACGCAGCCCGGCAAAGGCAUUCAGCUGCGAGCGCGGGACUUUCGGCUGGAGGAGGACGACAUAGUCAAAGUCUUUGAUGGCAGCAGCAAUAAGGCUCGUCUGCUGGGGGUGUUUACAGGCAACGAGAUGCUAGACACAACCCUGAACUCCACCUCCAGCUCCAUGUGGCUAGAGUUCAUCAGCAAUGCGGAUAACACCAGCAAAGGCUUUGAACUGCACUUCACAAGUUUCGAGCUGGUGAAAUGUGAGGAUCCAGGUGUGCCGCAGUUUGGCUACAAGCGAGAGGACAAAGGGCAUUUUGCGGGGAGCACCGUGUCGUACAGCUGUGACCCCGGCUACACGCUCAAAGGACCCGAGGUGCUGACGUGCCUCAGGGGGGAGAGGAGGGCGUGGGACAGCCCCCUUCCACUCUGUGUGGCCGAGUGUGGCGGCACCAUCAAGGAGGAGCCCUCCGGUCGGAUCCUGUCUCCGGGCUACCCGGCGCCAUACGAGCACAACCUGCACUGCAUGUGGACCAUCGAGGCGGCGCCUGGAAGCACGAUUAGCCUGCAUUUCCUGGUCUUCCACACGGAGGAGGUCCACGACGUGCUCCGGAUCUGGGAUGGGCCUCAGGACGGAGGGGUUCUGCUGAGGGAGCUGAGCGGCUCGGUGCUGCCCCCCGACGCCCACAGCACCUUCAACACCGUCAGCCUGCAGUUCACCACGGACUUCUUCACCAGCAAGCAGGGCUUCGCUCUGCAGUUCUCCGUCUCCACUGCGACGUCCUGCAACGACCCAGGCAUGCCGACUAAUGGCACCCGGGGCGGCGACAGCAGGGAGCCGGGGGACCAUGUGGUGUUCCAGUGUGAUCCCGGCUACAUCCUGCAGGGCGCCAACAGGAUCACCUGCACAGAAAUCAACGGGCGCUUCUUCUGGCAGCCCGACCCUCCGACAUGCACAGCUCCAUGUGGAGGGAACCUGACGGGACCGAGCGGGCUCAUUCUAUCUCCAGACUACCCUGAACCGUACCCUCAUGGAAGGGAGUGCGACUGGACGGUUGCGGUCACACAGGACUACGUCAUCUCUCUGAGCUUUAACCAGUUCAGCUUGGAGCCCAGUUAUGACUUCCUCCAUAUCUACGAUGGUCCAGACUCCCUCAGCCCCCUGCUGGGGAGUUUUUACGGCACCGAUGUUCCCGAUCGAAUCGAGAGCAGCUCCAACACGCUCUUCUUGGCUUUCCGUAGCGACGCCUCCCUCAGCAGCAAUGGAUUCGUGCUGCAGUACACAGAGAACCCCCGGGAGUCCUGCUUCGAGCCCGGCUCGCUGCGCAACGGGACGCGGGCGGGCACCGAUCUCAAGCUGGGCUCCACCGUCACCUACCACUGCGACAGCGGCUACACGCUGGAGGGAGACCCGACGCUCACAUGCAUCAUGGGGGGAGACGGCAAGCCGAGCUGGAACAAGCCCAAACCCAUCUGCAUUGCGCCGUGCGGUGGGCAGUACUCUGGGCUAGAGGGAGUGGUCUUGUCUCCCGGAUACCCUGGAAACUACAGCAGUGCUCGGACCUGUUUGUACUCUGUAGUUGUGCCUAAAGAUUACGUGGUCUUCAGUCAAUUCGCCUUCUUCCAGACAGCUCUGAACGACAUUGUGGAGGUUUAUGAUGGAGCAACACAACACUCCCGAGUCCUCAGCUCAUUGUCUGGAGCACACACAGGCGAGUCCUUGCCAUUAGCAACCUCCAACCAAAUCCUGAUCCGCUUUACCUCCAAAGGCCAGUCCAGCUCCAGAGGAUUCCAUCUGGUCUACCAGGCUGUCCCACGGACCAGUGCCACCCAGUGCAGCUCGGUCCCCGAGCCCCGCAACGGCCGCCGCAUGGGUAACAACUUCGCGGUGGGCGCAGUGGUCCGCUUCGAGUGCAGCCCAGGCUAUGUGCUCGAGGGACCGAGUGCCAUCGAAUGUUUAACAGUUCCCAACGCCCUGGCACAGUGGAACAGCUCCAUACCCAGCUGCAUAGUUCCGUGUGGAGGUAAUCUGACUCAUCGAACUGGCACCAUCCUUUCUCCUGGAUUCCCCGAGCCUUACCUGAACAGCCUCAACUGUGUGUGGAAGAUCACCGUUCCUGAGGGAUCAGGGAUCCAGAUCCAGGUAAUCAGCUUUGUCACAGAACAGAACUGGGACUCGCUGGAGGUAUUCGAUGGAGGAGACAACACAGACACCAUGCUUGGCAGCUUCUCAGGCACAACAGUCCCGGCUCUGCUCAACAGCACCUCCAACCAGCUCUACCUCCACUUUUUCUCAGACAUUAGCGUGUCAGCUGCCGGGUUCAGACUGGAGUAUAAAACCGUUUCUCUAACUAACUGUCCAGAGCCUGUUGUUCCCAUGAACGGCAUCAAGGUCGGGGAGCGACUGCAGAUGAACAACGUGGUGUCUUUCCACUGCGAGCCUGGAUACACACUACAGGGGAACUCGCACAUCACCUGCAUGCCAGGAACUGUCAGGAGAUGGAACUACCCUCCUCCUCUCUGCAUAGCUCAAUGUGGAGGAAUCCGGGAGGAGAUGGAGGGCAUGAUUCUCAGUCCCGGUUUCCCUGGCAACUACCCUAGCAACAGCGACUGCACCUGGAGAAUCUACCUGCCAGUCGGUUACGGAGCCCACAUACAGUUCCUGAACUUCUCCACCGAAGCCAACCACGAUUUCCUCGAGAUACGCAACGGACCCCUGGAAACGAGCGCUGUGAUCGGCAGAUUCAGCGGCCAGGACGUUCCCUCCUCCCUUCUCACCACCUCCCACGAGACCACCGUAUACUUCCACAGCGACCACUCGCAGAACAAGCCAGGUUUCCGGUUUGAGUACCAAGCCUAUGAACUGCAGGAGUGUCCGGACCCAGAGCCCUUCCGAUACGGCGUGGUCGUCGGUGCUGGCUUCAAUGUCGGCCAGUCCAUCUCCUUCGAGUGUCUCCCCGGUUAUCAGCUGAUGGGACACUCCAUCCUCACCUGCGAGCACGGCACCACCCGCAACUGGGACCACCCUUUCCCUCGCUGCGAAGUGCCCUGUGGUGGAAACAUCACGUCAGAGAAUGGGACCAUCUUCUCUCCGGGUUACCCAGAGGAGUACCCCAGCUCGGCUGACUGCUCCUGGCUGAUUACCGUGGCUCCUGGCUUCGGCAUCAAGCUCAAUUUCACCCUGCUUCAGGUUCACGGGCCGCACGACUUCAUCACCGUAUGGGACGGUCCUCAAGAGACGGCCAGGAAACUGGGUGUGUUCACCGAUGGCGAGCCCAAUGAUCCCCCCAGCAGUACGUCCAAUCAAGUGCUGAUACGCUUCCGUAGCAACACCGAGAAGGGUGGAUUGUUCCGCAUCAACUAUCAAGCUUACAGACUGCAGCACUGCCUGCCACCAUCCAUCAUCCCAAACGCUGAGAUCCUGAUGGCAAGCAAAGAAUUCAAAAUCGGUGAUAUAGUGCGCUACAGAUGUCUACCGGGCUACCAGUUAAGCGGAAACAGCAUCCUGACUUGCCGAUUGGGAACCCACUUGGAGUUUGAGGGGCCUCCACCUUCAUGUGAUGUGACCUGCCCCAUGAAUGAGGUCCUAACAGCUUCAACCGGGGUCAUCAUGAGCCAGUCACCAGGAAGCGGGUUCCCACACUUUGAGUCGUGCUCCUGGGUGGUCAAAGUCGAGCCCGGCUACAACAUCACCUUCACCAUUGAGCACUUUCAAACCAGUCGGCAGUUUGAUGAGCUGGAAAUAUUCGAUGGCCCCUCCAGACAGAGCCCCCUCCUGAUCACCCUCAGUGGUAACUAUUCCAGUCCCCUGAGCAUCACCAGCUCCAGCAACAAAGUCUACUUGCACUGGUCCUUUGAUCACACCACCAGCCACAAAGGUUUCCGCAUACGCUAUUCAGCGGCUUACUGCAGCCCUCCAAACAACCCUGUGAACGGCACCGUGCACAGUCUGACAGGCACUAAGGUGGGCAGCACCUUACGCUUUAGCUGCGAUCAGGGCUUCCGGCUCAUCGGACAGACCAGCGCCACCUGCACCCGGACUGCAGUCGGGGUCUACCAGUGGAACGCCCCCGUGCCCCUCUGCCAAGUCAUGUCCUGCGGGAUGCCGGUGCCUCCUGUUAACGGCAGCAUCGUUGGCCAGGACUUCUCUCUCGGAGCCAGGGCCACGUACCAGUGUAAUCCCGGAUUUCGACUUUCGGGGCCCAUCACCACGUCGAUGGUUUGUCUUGAAUCCGGGAGGUGGAGCCCCAUCGAGGCCCCGCCUAGAUGUGUCCCCGUCACCUGCCCAGACAUCAGCCACUCCGCAGUGGAGCACGGGAGAUGGAGACUCAUCUACGGGACUCAAAACCAAUAUGAUGCAAUAAUGAUGCUCAUAUGUGACCCAGGAUAUUACUACAGGGGACAAAGAGUGAUCCGCUGUCAGGCCAACAGCACGUGGAACUAUCCAAAUCCCCGCCCCGCCUGUGAAAUCAUCUCCUGCGGGGACCUUGGGACUCCGCCAAACGGCAACAAGAUUGGAACACUGACGGUGUACGGCGCCACGGCCAUUUUCUCCUGUAACACAGGAUAUACUUUAGUGGGCUCCAGGGUACGGGAGUGUAUGUCCAACGGGCUUUGGAGUGGAACGCAGGUCCAGUGUCUUGGUGGCCAUUGCGGCACACCCGAGCCGAUAGUUAAUGGCCAGAUUAUUGGGGAGAAUUACAACUAUCGAGGCAGUGUUGUGUACCAGUGUAAUCCAGGAUUUCGUCUGAUCGGCGUUUCAGUACGGAUCUGUGAGCAGGAUCACCGCUGGUCGGGACGAACCCCUGUCUGUGUCCCCAUCACGUGUGGUCACCCUGGAAACCCCACUUUUGGUGUGACGCAAGGAACCCAGUUCAACCUGAAUGACGUCGUUCGCUUUGUCUGCAACACUGGAUAUGUGCUGCAAGGAGCUGUGAAGUCCGCAUGCCAGGCGAACGGGCAGUGGAGCAACGCCCUGCCCAGGUGUAAAAUUGUGAACUGCACGGAGCCGGGCCAUGUAGACAACAGCAUCAGGCAGGUGCUGCCCAGCGGUCCACACCGCUACAGCUUCCAGACCACCGUGUCUUACCGCUGCAGCCCGGGGUACUACCUGCUGGGCACCAGCUCCAUCUCCUGUCAGGGAGAUGGCACCUGGGACCGCUCCUUACCGAAAUGCCUCUUGGUGCUGUGUGACCGCCCCAGCAUGCCUCCCUACGCCCAGAUUUCCGGCGACCGUCGAACAGUCGGCUCCGUCAUCCGCUACAGCUGCAUCGGCCAGCGCAGCAUCAUCGGGAACACGACGAGAAUGUGUCAGCUGGACGGGCAAUGGAGCGGCUCACCGCCACACUGCUCCGGGGACUCUGCAGGGCUGUGUGGAGAUCCGGGCGUUCCCGUGCACGGUAUCCGCCUCGGAGAAGAGUUCACCGUGGGCAGCGUUGUCCGUUUCAGCUGCGAGCCUGGCUAUGUGCUCAAAGGUUCACCGGAGAGAACGUGCCUGGCUAACGGGACCUGGCUGGGCACACAGCCUGAGUGUCAUGUAAUAUCCUGUGGGAAUCCAGGAACUCCAAGAAAUGCCCAGAUCCUCAUUCACGACGGCCUUACCUUCUCCAGAUCCAUCACUUACUCCUGCAGGGAGGGUUACUACUCCACUGGACUGCUCACCCGACACUGCACCGUGAACGGCACCUGGACCGGCAACAUGCCCGAGUGCUCAGUAAUUAACUGCGGCGAUCCGGGGGUGCCCGCAAAUGGGGUGAGGUUUGGAAACGACUUCACGUACAAUCACACCGUCAGUUUCCAGUGCUCUCCGGGUUUCACCAUGGACGCCGACCGGGCGUCCUCGCUCAUCUGCACCAAGGACCGCACCUGGAACGGCACCAAGCCUCUCUGUAAAGCGAUCGUUUGUGGUCCACCGCCCAACAUCCCUAAUGGACAGGUCGUCGGUACAGAUUUCACCUGGGGCUCGAGUAUUAGCUACUCAUGCAACCAAGGCUACCAGCUGUCCCUGCCCACGGUCUUGACAUGUCAGGGCAACGGCAACUGGAGUGGAGAGAAGCCGCAGUGUUUCCCGGUGUUCUGUGGAGAUCCGGGAAUGCCCUCUCAGGGCAGGAGGGAGGACCGAGGCUUCACGUACCUCUCCUCAGUCUCCUUCUCCUGCUACCCGCCUCUCGUCCUGGUUGGCUCACCGAGGCGAUACUGUCAGUACGACGGCACCUGGAGCGGCACGCAGCCCUCAUGCAUAGACCCCAGUCACACUGCCUGUGGAGACCCCGGCACUCCACUCUUUGGAAAUCAGAACAACAGUCAAGGUUACCAGAUCAGCAGCACUGUGUUCUUCAGCUGCAGAAAGGGCUACUUACUGCAGGGCUCUAUUUCCCGCACAUGUCUGCCCAACCUCACCUGGAGUGGAUUUCAACCUGAGUGCAUUGCUCACCACUGCAGCCAGCCAGAGCUGCCAGCCCAGUCCGACGUGAGGGCCAUUGAGCUGCCAUCACUUGGCUACACGCUGAUCUAUACGUGUCAGCCGGGCUUCUACUUGGCCGGAGGAUCAGAGCACCGGACCUGCAGGUCCGACGGCAGCUGGUCAGGAAAACCGCCACUCUGUGCAGCUGAUAACCGGCCGAGCGGUAAAAGCCCAGUGGGGACGGUGCAGGAGCCACCCUCCAAACUACCAGUCCCUGGUGGCGUGUUCGCCAAGAACUCCCUGUGGAGGGGCUCCUAUGAGUACCUGGGAAAGAAACAGCCAGCCAUGCUGAGCAUCACUGCCUUUGAUCCCUUGAGCAACCGGGUGAACGGGACGCUCAUCGACCACAGUGGAGUGGAGCUCAAGCUUGCAGGCACCUAUAAGAGAGAGGAAGCCCAGCUGCUGCUCCAGGUUCACCAGAUAAGAGGCCCCGUGGAGAUCUUUGUCAACAAGUUCAAAAUAGACAACUGGGCCUUGGAUGGACAUGUGUCCUACAUCUCUUCAUCCAACUCCUUUGUGUACCAGGGAUUUGUCAGAGGAAAAGGCUUUGGCCAAUUUGGUCUCCAGAGACUGGAGAGUUUAGAUCCCAGCAGAGACAACCCCGGCUACAACUUUGCUUCCAACAGCAGUUCAGUGGCGGCAGCCAUCCUAGUGCCUUUUAUAGCCAUGAUCAUUGCAGGCUUCGCUCUGUACCUCUACAAACACAGAAGAAGACCCAAAGUCCCCUUCAACGGUUACGUGGGCCACGAGAACACCAACGGCCGAGCCACGUUCGAGAACCCGAUGUACGACCGCAACAUCCAGCCCACCGACAUCAUCGCCAACGAGACGGAGUUCACAGUCAGCACAGUGUGCACAGCCGUAUAGCAGCCGCUUCCUCCAGAGUUAGGAGAGGAGAGUCGCUCGGCGUCCCCGCCCGCCUGCCAGCAGAGGACAUCCAUACGUCCUUCCAGCAGAGGGCAAGACAAAGAUUAUUUUAUUCCCUGAAAUACCUUCAAGAAACAUCUCCAGUGGCGAACACCCCCCGACGGGAGA